GUGAAAAUUCUUCUUUAGCGGAGCUUGUGGACUUCAUAAUUGCUUCUCAAAAUGCAGGGUCCUUUGUAGACAAAGAAAUGCUGGGAUCAAUUAAUGGUGGCAAUGAAAACGAAGCUUCCACUACUGAAGCUCUCUUUGGAACAAUGGAUAAGACACUCUGUCUACUAAGAAUGGGCUUCACUGAAAGUGAAGUAUCUUCAGCAAUUGCUAACUAUGGUUCUGAUGCUGCUCUCGAUAAGCUUGCUGAUUCAAUUUUGGCUAGUCGCCUUGUUUUUCAAGUUAAAGAAGAGGAUUUUUCAAAUGAUGACAUUUAUUUCUCUCCACAAGAACAGAAUGAAUUUGAGCAGCUCGGCUGUGCAAAGGAGGAAUCUCCGGUUGAAUUUUCCCCUCCAGUAGAAUCUUGGCUAAAAAGCAUGUCUCAUUCAAGUUGUAGCUUUGACGAUUAUGAGGAGAAGAAAAUACAGAAAAGACCCAAGUUUGUACAUGCAGAUGACACAGGAACUUCGUACUUGAGUCGAUGGCAGAAUACAGGACGAUUUGAAAGUCCAUUAAUUGGGUGUGGAGGGAGUACUGAACAUCCUGAAUUUUAUGGCUCAACAGAUGCAGGAACUCUAAAAAAAGAAUUACGUGAUCAUGUGCCACACAACCUCAGUGGCAACAAUCAGAAUAUGGGGUCGAAGUCACCCUUUUUCUUCUAUGGAAAUGUUGCAGAUGUUUCAGAAGACACUUGGAGGAAACUUUCACAGUUUCUUCAUGGAACUAAACCAGAAUUUGUUAAUACCGAGUUCUUUUCAGCCUUAAUCCGUAGGGAAGGCUAUCUUCACAAUCUUCCAACAGUUGGAAGGUUCCAUAUAAUUCCUAAGCCACCAAUGACAAUUGAAGAUGCCUUGCCACAGACAAAGAAGUGGUGGCCAUCAUGGGAUAGAAGGAAGCAAUUAAGUUGCAUAAAUUCUGAAACAAUAGGAGUUGCUUUGCUUUGCGACCGACUUGGAAGGAUGAUGGGGUCUUCACAAGGAGUAAUUUCCAAAGAACAGAAAAUGGAUAUUCUUCAUCACUGCAAGAAUAGGAAUUUGAUUUGGAUUGGCCCCAACAAACUAUGUCCUUUAGAGGCUGAGCAUUUGGAGCAAAUUUUAGGCUACCCUAAGCAUCACACAGAUAUAUGGGGCUUGGAACUGCCUGGUAGGCUAAAUGCACUAAAAUACUCCUUCCAAACCGAUACAAUUGGUUAUCACUUUUCAGUCUUGAAGAGUAUUUAUCCAGAUGGUUUGAGGUUGCUCUCCAUUUGUAGUGGGAUUGGUGGAGCAGAAGUUGCAUUGUACAGGCUUGGCAUUUAUCUGAGAUGUGUUGUAUCGGUUGAAGCAUCAGAAAGCAACAGAAAGAUCUUAAAGCAAUGGUGGAACAACACUGGACAAUCUGGAGAGCUUAGGCAGAUUGCUGGUGUUGAGAAGCUAACGAUCCGGCAGAUUGAGGUUUUGAUCAAAGAAUUUGGUGGAUUUGACAUUAUCAUUGGUGGUAAUCCUGGUUUCUUUGCUGCUUCAGGUUCAAGUAGGGACAGUUUGGCGGGAAUGGAUUUCAAUCAUUUCUAUGAAUUUACCCGUGUUCUUCAUCGAGUAAGAAGUGUAAUGGAAAGAAACCCGAUAUCAGCAGGAAGAAGGAACUGAUGCUAGAUAUUGUCAAACUUAACCCACCCUUAGCAGAUUAAAUCUUGCAGAUGGUGUGAACAUGAGAACUUCUGGUAUGUUCUAGCUAGCUUCUGAUAUCUUGCCUUGGAUAACCUCUUAAUACAGUGCGUCGGAAUGUAAUCGGUAUUGUUUAUUUAUGCGAAUACCCUCUUGUCAACAUUUCUUCCUUGGUUAUGCUUUAGGAGACGCUAUCCUAUGAAAUAUGAAUGAAAAUUUUGAUAUCCUUAAAUUUGAUUAUGGAUUUAAAAAUCUUCAAAUUUA